AUGGCCGCGCAGAACGAAAGUCGCGAAUCUCACGAGCUGGAUCGCAAACUCGAAGGCGGUGAGGCCGAGCCGGCUCCUCCACCACGGAAGCCCGAGCCGUCGCUUAAGAACGACAUCCAUCCUGCCUUCUACAUCGCGCUAUGGAUCAGCUUGAGCGCGAGCGUCAUUCUGUUCAACAAAUGGGUUCUGCACACAGCAAAGUUUGCACUCUUUCUCACAACAUGGCACAUGUUCUUCUCAACUGCCUGCACCCAAGGCCUCGCACGAUUCACCACAGUACUGGAUUCUCGACACAAGGUUCCCAUGAGCCGGGACACCUACAUCCGAGCGAUAUUGCCUAUCGGUCUUUUCUUCUCAGCAAGUUUGAUCUGCGGCAACGUGGCCUACCUGUACCUCAGUGUCUCUUUCAUUCAGAUGCUUAAGGCAUCGAACGCAGUUGUCACUUUGCUGGCUACUUUCAUGUUCGGCAUCACUCCUUUCGAUUCAAAGAAGCUGGCGAACGUCUCUGGUAUCGUUGUCGGUGUGAUCAUCGCCUCGUACGGAGAGAUCCAGUUUGUCAUGAUCGGCUUUCUCAUCCAAAUGGCCGGCAUUGUCUUCGAGGCCGUUCGUCUGGUCAUGGUCCAGCGCAUCCUCAGCGCACCAGAGUUCAAGAUGGACCCACUCGUCUCCCUUUACUACUAUGCGCCAGCUUGCGCAGUCAUCAACGGCGUUAUCACGCUCUUCCUCGAAGUUCCAAAGAUGCAUAUGAGCGACAUCUACAACCUCGGAAUCUUUGUUCUCCUCGCAAAUGCAGCAGUAGCCUUUGCGCUGAACGUUUCCGUGGUGUUCUUGAUUGGUAAGACCUCGGCGGUCGUACUUACUCUUUCUGGUGUGCUCAAGGAUAUCUUGCUCGUCAUGGCAUCCAUGGUCAUCUUUGGUGAUCCAGUCUCUGGACUGCAGUUCUUCGGUUACUCGAUUGCUUUAGCCGGUCUGGUUUACUACAAGCUCGGUGGCGAGGGAAUCAAGAACUCGGUCCGCGACUCUCAGAUCUACUACAACAACAUGCGCCAGAACAAUCCAGCUCGCGCCAGAGCCAUCGUUAUUGGAGCAGUCGUUGUGGCAAUUACUCUCGUCCUGUUCAUGGUAUGGCCGACCGUCCCGACCGACUACAAGAAGUCCCCGUUCGGCUGA